ACUAAUUCAACAAAAAACUCUUGUCAAUUUUGUUGUCAACAAGCUGAACAACUAUUCAGCUUUUCCCAUAGACCGCUUUUCCACAAUCAAAAUAGAGUAAUUUAUUUACCAAAUAAAAAUGGAAUCGAAACGAAAUAGAAGUAAUUAUGGAAAGUGCCGUUGCUGUUUAACUAAAGGCUAUCAUAAAGAUAUAAUGAAAGAGUAUUACCACGACGGUAUACGAGAGGUUUACUUCGAUCUAUUCAUGGAAUGUUUCAACAUGUUUUUGUCGACAAACGAAAAGCUAACAACAUUAAUAUGCAAAUCAUGUAUUACAAAGCUAAGACAUGCAAGCAGUUUCAAGUUAAUGGCUGAGAAUACAGAGAAGCAGCUACUAGACGAAUUGGUACUCAGAGAUGACAAGAAUACCGUGUUUGUUAAUGUGCCGGUAGAAGACGCAAUCUUAGAUGAUGAUCUAAUAAUAAAAGCUGAAGAGCUGACAGAGGUUAAAGAGGAACCACCAGACUCUGAACCUAUGGAAACUGACUUUGAUACCGAUUAUAUUGACAAUGACAGUGAUGUAACAACGAAAAACCAUUCGGACACGGAGAAAAUGGUGAAAGGCGAAUCCGAAUUGUUGGCUCGCUUCGAUCGAACCGAAUUGAAGAUGUUGCCAACUAGGAGGGCGCUGCGAGAUCUGUGCCCCAACUACGUCAGACACUUGGAGCUGCUGAAAGGUAUAGAAGUCGUACCGAGAAUGGUGAGGAAGUUACUACAGGAGAACACCAGAUUAACGAACAGCAAAAGAGUAUACGUAACGGAGAAGGUGGCGCAGAUCGUGAACUCGUCGACGCUACUGGAAAAUUCCAAUAUGACCCCGUUCAGGAGUAGGGCCCGUAACGGCUACCCCUGUUUCUAUUGCAGAAACGUAUUCGAGAAUCUAGAGAAACUUCGAGAACACACGGCGAUGCACAAGAAAAACGAAAUCGCCCGAGUCCUAAGGACAUACGGCUCCGAAUGUUUCCUGGUCAACGUAGACGUGACCGAUUUGAUGUGCACGAUAUGCGACAAGAAAAUGUCGAACGUGAACGAAUUAAAAUCCCACCUCAGCAAGGUACACGAGAAGAAAAUCUACACCGAAUUCUCGGACAAAGUCGUGCCAUACAAAUUAUCGCGCGAUAACUUCGAGUGCCAAUUCUGCGGGUGCAACUUUGAAACGUUCGGCGCUAUAGAACGCCAUAUGAACGUGCAUUUCCGGAAUUACGUCUGUAAGGAGUGCGGCGCCGGUUUCGUCACGAAAUACAGACUGAAAGUGCACGUGAAGGGCCACUCGGAUGGGGUGUUUCCAUGCGAAAUGUGCGGAAAGAUCUUCACUACGCAACAAAAACACAAAAACCACGUCGACACCGUUCAUAAAAUGGUCAAACGUUUCAAGUGUACUCAGUGCCCGGAGAGGUUCACCGAGUACUUCAGGCGACAGAGGCACAUGGUCGAAGUUCACGGCGUGGCCCCACUCCAGUACAGGUGUAACGUUUGCGAUAAAAUAUUCGAAAGGCGAUAUACACUGUCGAGGCACAUGAAGAGGGAUCAUCUAGAGGAACGCGACUUCCAGUGCGAAUUGUGCUCUUACAAAUGCUUUUCCAACAACGAACUGAGCAUGCACAUGAUAAAGCACAACGGGGAGAGGAUUUACGAGUGUUCGGUCUGUAAGAAGUCGUAUGCGCGCAAGAAAACUUUGAGCGAACAUAUGCGAAUCCAUAAUAAUGACCGGAGGUUCGCGUGCGCGGUCUGCGGCCAGGCUUUUGUGCAGAAAUGCAGUCUAAAAGGACACAUGAAGACGCACCAUCUCGAAUAUAAUAUACCUUGAGGUUGUAAUUGUAAUGUCACAAAACCUGUGACCGUUAGUGGCGUGGACAUAGCCUAAUGAAAGUGACCACUUGAUUAUUUGGUCGUACUCAGAGACUCCAUAGGUAGGUACCACCUUUGUACUGAUCUGUUGAGGUUAAAGUUCAACCUCAUACCUCAUUGCCGGUGGCAAUAUCCACAUUGUGAUGUCUAUGUGGGCCAAUAUCUGUUUAACAUUAUGUGGCCUGUGACAUCUGCAUACCUGCGAUCAAAUUACUGAAGUUCUGUUAUGUGUGAAGAUAUUCUAACUACAUAAAUUUAAUUAUUGUAAAAUCUGUAUUUUUGAAAUAAAAGUCACCAGUGAUUUAUAAGAA